AUGAGUCGCAUGCGUCGGAACGUGGUGUUUUUGUCGCCGACACCACCACCCAGCCGUGUAAAGCGGUCGUUUGAGCUGCAGGUAGAACUUUCUGAGAAAAAACUAUCCUCGAUUUCUUCUGGGUUCUCUCGCAUUUGUCAGCCCCAGCUGCCCAAUCGCAAAUUUCGUGCGCCAAACCACCCACCACCCCUCUCACAUCCCACUCGUCUCCCGCAGCAGCCGGCGACAGUCUGGUGUUCUGCAAGCAGUAGUACCCGCGCGCAACCCGAGCAAGUGCCCCGCCGUGCAGCCAAUGAGCAGUCUCAACGUGGCGCGGCUGAAGGGGCGGUGGUACGAGGUGGCGGCGUCGUCGCGCACAAGUUCACGGCGGAGCUCGGCGCGGCGUGCACCGCCUUCGAGUUCGAAGUCGCGCCCAAGCAGAACGGCCUCAACGCCAUGCGCGUCACGCGGCGACUCGUCGAGGCGGUGGGUCCCGUGCGCGCAACGCAGGUCGGCACCAUCGCCUCCGCCUCCCUCCGCUCGGCGCGCAACCUGCGCGGAGUGUGCUCCGCUAUCGCCGGCCAGAAGCUCCCCACGGAGCUCUCGUACGCGUCGCUCGUCAACCAGGCGAAACUUGGUCUGCCGGCCGCCGGCUUGGACGGCAAAACUGCCGGCCAGACGUCCACCAGCCUCUCCGUCAUCUCCGCGUCGCUAGGCCAGAUCUCCGCGCAAGCCGGCGCGAUUCACGCGAGGCUCGCUCGCAUCCAGACGGAUCUCGCGCCGGUGAAUCAGGUCGACCGGCUGCCGAGUCUCAGCGCCCUGCGGAGCAGGAUCGGUAAUACAACGGAGGCGAUCCGACGGUCGGUGCGCGCGAUCCAACGGUCGAGAGGGAGGAUCUUGAAGCAGGCUGAUGCGGUUGGGCGUUAUGAACCGCCAGGCGUCCGCUGUGGGCACGCUAGCCGUGCCCGCCACUCACACCUUCUUUCUCUUCGUGCCCUCGCCCCUCCCUCCCCUCAGCUACUGAACGCCACGCUCGCCCUGCAGCGUCAGGCUUCCGCCGUGGGCACUCUAGCCGUCUCCGCAGCCAAGAUCGGCCUCCUCUCCUCCCUCGCCACUCCCGCCGCCGCCACGCUCUUCGAGUCGCCCGUCAACCUCACCCAGGCCGUGAGCAUGCGAGGCACGCUGGUGCAGGGGGCAAGCAGGGCGACGGCAGCAUUGCAAUGA